GGGAGGGAACUGGAUUAACAGGUAUUUGUGCACCUUUCUGAAACCCAUGAACAUCGAAGUGUUCUGGUACAAAGACAGAGUGAAGGAUCAAGAUGACGCCCAUAACUUCUUCCAAAACAACUCAGAACAUAACAAUUGCUGUAAUUUUGUUUACAAGUUUUGCCACAAUAUUCUAUAUGUACUAUGAGCCAAACACAAGCUGGUUUAAAUGUCCUGCUGCUCAAGUCCAUACAAAUAAUGUUAGUGCAGAAAUCUGCCUCAGUGUUAAGAUACAGAACUACACACAAAUAGACAGCAACAACUGCACUGUGAAUGUCAUCUUGGACAGACAACAGAUGACGACAGCUACAACAACACCAACAAAACACAUGACUACAGCGAAGAGAGAUGACCCAGACACCAUUCUUUUGAUCUGGAUGUGGCCUUUUGGUGGUAGUUUUGGCUUUGGACCCUGCAGUUCUGCCUUUAAUAUACAAGGAUGCCGUUUAACAGAUGACAAAGAUAUGUAUAACCAAGCACAUGGUGUUUUAUUUCAUCUUAGAGACAUCAGUUGGGAUUUAUCCAAUAUGCCGAAACUGCCACGACCUGCACUCCAAAAAUGGAUAUUGUUUAACAUGGAGUCUCCAAGCAAUUCACCGAAAAACCCUAAAAUGAAGGAUCUGUUUAAUCUGACUUCGAGUUAUCGUAGGGAUUCCGAUAUUCCAGUACCUUACGGUUGGCUCUCAGAGGCCACAGUUGAGGAGAAAAAAUAUACAAUCCCCAAGAAGGAGAAAUUAGUCUGCUGGAUAGUAAGUAACUAUAAUCCAAGCUUUAAGCGUUCACAAUACUAUACUGAAUUAUCACAAUACAUUCAUGUGGAAGCCUAUGGGGGACAUUUCAACAGGCGCAUUAGUGGUAAUGAAUAUUCCAAUGUGGUUUCUAGUUGUAAAUUCUACCUGUCCUUUGAGAAUUCCAUUCAUAGAGAUUACAUUACAGAAAAACUGUUCAACCCUCUAGCACUUGGUACGGUGCCCGUGGUUCUUGGCCCGCCCAGAGAGAACUAUGAGCAGUUCAUCCCAAGCGAAGCCUUCAUCCAUGUAGAUGACUUCCCCUCCCCAAAAGAACUGGCUGAUCAUCUGAAAUUUCUGGACCAAAAUGAGGACAUUUAUAGGCAGUAUUUUACCUGGAGAGAACAUUUUGUUUCAAAGCGUUCAGCAUUUGGUCUUGAACAUGCCUGUCGGGCUUGUGAACAUAUAAGAAGAAACAAGAACUACAGAGUAGUUAAAGAUCUCAACAGCUGGUACUUUGUUUAGCACAAGAAUUUUCAAAUUGGAGGCUUCAUUCUAUGGUACAGAAUCAGUUUUAAAAUGUGCAGUGACCAACAACCAGCCAGUGACUCCAGCCAGGUCUCCUAAGCAACCAAAUUGGCCCGGUUGCUAGGGAGGGUAGAGUCACAUGGGGUAUACUCCUCGUGGUCGCUAUAAUGUGGUUUGUUCUCAGUGGGGCAUGUGGUGAGUUGAGCAUGGUUGCCACGGUGGAUGGCGUGAAGUCUCCACACACGCUAUGUCUCUGUGGCAACGUGCUCAACAAUCCACAUGAUAAGAUGCGUGUGUUGACGGUCUCAGAUGCGGAGGCAACUGGGAUUCAUCCUCUGCCACCCGGACUGAGGCAAAUCACUAUGUGACCAUGAGGACUUAAAAAGCAAAUUGGGAAUUCCAAAUUGGGAGAAAAAGGGGAAACCCCCCCCCCCCCAAAAAAAAAAAAAAUUUCUCAGAACUAUUUCCAUCCAGGGACAGGGACUUUUCUAUUAAUGGGCAAUAUUUGAUUUCCAGGGCAUUUUUUUUUUCUUUGCAAGAGCAAUUUUUUUCUAACCUUGAUAAACCUGUCAUCCUUUUAUGUAAAAUACUUCAAUUUAAUCGAUUAAUUCAAUUCGAAUAAUGUUACCAAUAAAAUUGAAUCAACAUUAA